AUGGCACGCAGGAGCCAAUCCCAGAGUGCCUACCAGUUAGAGAGCUCAGAUAACCAGCAAGCCCCCCCUCAAGAAGCUCGAUCCAGAGAGCCGCUGGAUCCCGAGGUGAUCACAGGAGGCCUGAACUUCAGCACCUUUGCAGAGUUUCUGGGGGCCGUGCCAGUGGAGCAGCGCAGGGAGGAGGAAGUGACUGCAGUGUCUGACGAUGUGAAGGCCGAUGCCAUGGAGAACCUGAGGACUCUUGUUCGCAACAGAAGGAACAUCGUCCCCGUCAUGGCCACAAUGGGCCAAAUACCCCAUUUCAAACGCAUGCCCGACUUCUGGGGAUGGUACAAGCUCUUCAUGAACAGCCACAACCAGGAGGGAGUUGAGGAUCUGGAUCGUCUGUACCUGAACUUCCUGCAGAACAAGCACAGGUCAGAGGAGGGCCCGAACUUCAACCACUACCUGAAGCACCUCAGUGAAAUCUACAAAACCUGUGCCGACUCCGAUGAUCCCGAGUGCAUCUCCGAGUCCACCAGCAAGCCCAAGGCCGCGAUGGUGAUGCCCGAGGCCAUCAAGACUGCCGACGUCAGGAUGUGCAACCCUUAUUUGGACCCCUACUGCCUCUUCCCCAUCGGCUCCAAGGCUGCUGCGCCCGCGCCUGCUCCGGUAAAACGGCCCGCCCCCAUCCUCACCCCCAUGCUGCCCAUGCCCAUGAAGAGCUCCACCGGCUUCUACUACUACGCCCCCGUCCUGGAGCCCUUCCUCAGCGAAGUGCAGAGGGCCGAGCUGCUGAGAAUCUGCAACUCUGAGGAUGUGGAGUGUCUGCAGUAUCACCUGAGAGCAGCCUAUGGCUACCGCCCGGCCGCUGGCCCCGCCCCAUCCUACGCCGCCCUCAAAUGCGACCCCAAGGACCCGUACUGCAUGCCCCCCCUGGUCCAGAAAUCCCCCACCGGCUUCUACCACAUGCUGUACCCCAGCUGUGACCCAGCAGUGGAUCCUCUGUGUGUGACCGCCGCCCCGGCCCCCCUCGCUGCGGAGGAGGAACCCAAAGAGCAGCACUGCAACCCCCUGUUUGACGGCGGCUGCAACCCGCUGAGCGCCACCAAGCUGUCCGGACUCACCAGGCCCGUGUUGGAGUUCGCCCCCAAGGCAGCGGCUGCUUCUGGUCCCGCUCCUCUGUCCUGCGACCCUCGCUACGACCCGUACUGCAUCCUGGCCGCCGCCGCCGCCCUGCGCAGGCCCGCCCCGCAGAUGCCCGAGCACCAGGUCCGCUACAAGCUCGGCGUCGAAGGCAAGACCAAGGAUGGCCACGACUGCUACGUGCACUACGACAAAGACUGCACCCCCGUGAAGUAUGGCUCUGCGGCCAAGGCCAACAUCAAGGCUCCAGCCAAGCCUUUCUGCCAUCCCUUCGACCCAAACUGCGGCAAGUUUGCUGCAGGACCCUCGGCCGUUGAGGCCCCAAAGCCCAGCAAUGAUGGCAUCAUCCUGCCCGACCCCGACUGCGACCCUGAGAUGGACUUCAACUGCCGCCUGCGUCGCGCCCAGCCCGCUGAAGCAGCUGCUGAUGAGCCCGCGGCUGCCGACGAGCCCGCCAGAGAGGCCGCCAUACCAAACUUUGAAGACUUCCUGCAGGGCGUCAUGAGCAAGCACCAGGCAUCCAAGUCGCCUCACAUCGUUGACCACGUUACCAAUCCAGCACAGGACUUCUACAUCAGACUUCUUCACCUGAAGAUCGCUUUGUCAUCGAUCUGUCGCUGCUCAGCGGCUCUGCCAGCGGAGAUCAGACCAAUGGGUAAACCUGGAGACGCCUGUCAUUCGUCAGCGUUGACUCACAGCACGGUGAAGGGAGGAGGAGGAGGAGGAGGAGGAGGGCGAAGGAAACAAGAGGAAAGCUGA